UCAGUGAGUCAAAGGAUGAAAACCAAUGACCAUGGCAAGAGGCCUUGAAAGGAAUUAUAGUCAGUAUUGAGCCUGACCUCCUGAUCUAUUCUGUUCCCAGAUUGCAGCCAUGUUGUGAAGGUACAAAGAUUCUACUGCACAUGCAUGAUACAUUAGGCUACAAGUCAACCAUCAACUACACAAUGUCUGGUGGAGGAAAGAGAGAGGGGAGCGAUGACAUGUCACACGUGAAGGAGGAGAAGGGAUGGUUGGAAGACGAGCAUGUCAUGGCCUUUUGCGUUCCAUUUGCCAAGGAUGGAUGUGAAGGGUGAGCUGCUCUUUUGGUCCAGCUGAGAUGUCUGUUUUGUGUCUGGAGUUGGCCCCUGGUUUUCAUCACUACUAAAAGACAGCGUGUGUGUACAGUGUGGAAUUGGUUUAUGCAUGGCGGUUAUGAACCAGGAGCUUCAUGUGGUUCUUCAUGUCACAUAAAAUAUUACUGAUGAUGAAGUUCUAGGUUUUUUGGAUCAUUUCUAUCUUUGCGUGGGAGUACUUUCUUGGGAACGUCAACACUUAGCUUUGGGAUUAUUGUAUCUGCUGCUCUCUUUGGUGGAAGGAUUAUCUGAGCUGCAACGGCUUGCCUGCCUCAAAGUCUGGGGAAACAAAGGUGGAUCAGGGGGAAGUGUUUGGUCAAGCCCUUCCUUCCUUUGCGAGGAUCUGGGGAAAUGGAUGUCGCUCGGUCCAGCGGGAUCCGCAAGAAGAGGAAGUCCCGGUCGGAGCGGGACCGGGAGAGGAGGAGCGGAGGCGGCGGCGGGAUGCCAAGGAGCAGCGCCCACGCGAGGGGAGCCGUCCUGCGGUUUUCGUCCGACUCGGAUGGGGAGAACAGCACCAACCCUCCCCCCUCCUCUUCCCGCCCCCGGCCGCCCAGGAGGAAGAGGAAGGAGUCCACGUCGGCCGAGGAGGACAUCAUCGACGGCUUCUCCAUCUCCGGUUUUAUGACGCUGGAAGCUUUGGAGAAGAACAUGUCACUGAAACCGCAGGAGCGCCGGGAGAAUGCGGCCGGGCCGCUGCAGAAGAAGAGGCCGCCGGCUCGGGUUGCUAACGGCAUGACCCUGGACGUGCGCAAGGAGCCCUUCCAGAACCACCACAACAACCACAACCACAGCCACAGCAACCACCACCACCCCCAGAACCAGUACUCCGACCAGGAGAACAACCCACGCCUGGCCCACAGCCCCAAGAAGAAGAAACAUCUGCAGAAGAAGCAGCAACCGCUGAAGCCAGGGCAGAACAACUGUAAGGACAGUGACAGCGAGAGCGUCAGCGGAGAGUCCAAGCCGUCCAUCAGGAGUAGCUCCAGAGACAGACUCACAGACUGUGACAGCGAGAGUGACCAGGAAGAUAAGGGUUCCGAUGCCAGCUCGGAAAAAUUCUUCAGCACCGCUGCAGUUAAAGGUCCAGAUUUUGGUGUUGACCCGCUCCCCACCAAUGCCAGCCAGGAGCUGCGAGGCCUUGGCGUGCCCAAAGUGUCAGGCCUAGAGCGCAGCCAGGAGAAGAGCCAGGACAGCGGCCGCGAGCAGCCCCCGCCGCCCCCCACGCCCGCCCCUGUGCCCGCCGCCAACGGCACCCCCAAGCCGUUCAAGCCGCCCGCGUCGGCGCCCGCACCCUCUCACCCCCACUCGCACCCCUUCCAGCCUCCUCUGGUGCCCGUGCGGCCCCUGGGGCAGCCCGCUUCGACGCCGGCCACCCCUUGCUCGGCUGCCGCCCCUGCCCAGAUCCAGCAUCUGCAGCCCCAAUAUCACCACCUCCACCACAACCACAACCACCACCACCACCACCACCUCCUCCAGCAGCAGCAGCAGGCAGCGGCCCGUCCGUCGUUGCCCCGGAGACCCCCACCCCCUCCGGCGCCCUCCCCGCCCGCCACCCUGCCUCUCGCCCAGGGUCCCGAGCCGCCCCAGGCAGCGCCACCGCGGCCACCCCAGCUCCCCGAGCUCCCGCCAGCGCACCCCGCGCACGCGCAUUCGCGCCCACCGCCCACGCCAGGCCCCCAGAGCCACCCGCCCUCGCCGGCUCUGCCCGGCCACCAGAGACCACCCUCGCGCUGCCAACCGCGGGCACUGCCCUCCUACGGCAGCAGCCUGAGUCUCAACGGCCUGAGCAGUCGUAGCAGUACUCCGGGGUCCAAGUCCCAGAGCGGGCCGCCUCCUCCUCCUCCGGCCCCUGCAGCGCCCCCUGCCCCUCACCUGCCCCCCUCGCACCCGUCGGCCCCCGCUGGCGCCGGCUCGUCCUUCCCGCUGCCCCUGCCCCCGGCCAACCCCGCCGCCGCGGCCCACGCCUUCCCCGCGCCCCACCCUCACCACCCCAGCAUGUUCGCGCCCCCCGCCGCCCUGCCCCCACCUCCUCCACUGACCUCCAACACCCUGCCCGCGCCCGGACACCCCGCGGCCGCCAGCGCCUACUCAGAGCAAGACCUGCUGAGACAGGAGCUGAACACUCGCUUCCUGGCCUCGCAGAGUGCCGACCGCGGCGCCUCCCUGGGCCCGCCACCGUACCUGCGCACCGAGUUCCACCAGCACCAACACCAGCACCAGCACCAGCACCAGCACACGCACCAACACACACACCAGCACACCUUCACGCCGUUCCCCCACCCGGCCAUCAUGCCCACGCCUGCACCGCCCAUGGUGCGUACCCCAGCCAGAAAUUUUGACAAAUACCCGACUAAAGUCGACCCCUUCUACCGACACAGCCUGUUCCACUCCUACCCUCCCACCGUCUCUGGCAUUCCCCCGGUCAUCCCCCCCACCGGGCCCUUUGGAUCUCUCCAGGGGGCCUUCCAGCCCAAGACGUCCAGUCCCCUCGACGUGGGAGCCAGGCCCGGGGCCCUGCCCCACACACUCCUCCAGAAGGAUCCUCGGUUGACGGAUCCGUUCAGGCCCAUUCUCAGGAAACCAGGGAAAUGGUGUGCCAUGCACGUCCACAUCGCCUGGCAGAUCUACCACCACCAACAGAAGGUCAAGCAGCAGAUGCAGGUCGAUCCGCACAAGCUGGACUUUGGGUUCAAGCCGGAGUUCCUGAGUCGCCCCCCGGGCCCCAGCCUCUUUGGCGCGAUCCAUCACCCCCACGACUUGGCACGUCCCGCAACACUCUUUUCAGCAGCAGGUGCUACACACCCCUCGGCCACACCCUUCGGGCACCCGCCUCAUCACCCUGGCAACUUCCUCACGCCAGCACCCCACCUAGAAUCGUUCAGUCGGCCGCCUGCGUUCGGAGGUCUUGGGGCUCUAAGCACAGCUGCCUUUGGGGGUCUGGGUAACCCUGCGCUCACGCCUAACUCCAUGUUCGGCCACAAGGAGGCGCCCAACGGCCAGCAGCCCUUCGGCGGCAGCCACGAGCCCUGGAACCGCCUCCACCGCACACCACCCUCCUUCCCCACGCCCCCGCCAUGGGUCAAGCCCGCCGAGUCGGAGCGCAGCGCCUCGGCCAGCUCACACGAGCGCGACCGAGAGAGGGACCGUGAGCGGGACCGGGAGUCGGACAAACGCGACUCGUCUGCUAGCAAAGAAGAUAAGGACAGGGACAGCGUGGAGAAGCGGCACUCGAGCUGUUCCUAUAUCCUCACAACCCCUCAGCCUGUUUCGACACAACCGCCGGAGCCCACCCGGAACCACCUGCCGCCCUCCGAGCCCCGCGACAAGGACAAGGACAAGCCCAAAGAGCGCGAGAGGGAGAGAGAGCGGGAGAGAGAGAGGGAGCGCGAGCAUGCAGACUCCUGGAAGGACAACGGCAUGGAUGAGCACAAGCUCAAGGAGAACCACCACCACCAUCACCACCACGGCAGCAACGACAAGGACACGCCGGUCAUCCACGACGGCCGGAUGUCCGAGGAGAAGCCGGUCAACCGGGUGACCACGUCACCCUACAUGCGUCCCGGUGCGGGUAUCGGAGGAGGCGGCGGCGGCGUAGUGGCUGGCGGCCUGGAGCGGGUCAACGGCGGGCUGACCCGCGAGGCGCUGGACAAGAAGGCCGAGGCGCUGUACGGCGAGGCGGCCAAGAAGAGCCACGAGGUCAAGGUGAAAGAGGAGCGCAAGGAGGAGGUGGACGGACCAGCCGAGAGGCCCUCCUCGCACCCGCACCCGCACCCACACCCACACCCACUGCCGCCGCACUCGCAGGCCCAGACGCAGCCACCGUCAGGGGCGCCCGGGGUGCCCUCGCUGCACCCAGCCUCCUCCAUGCCCAUGCCCAUGGGCAUGCCCAGCGUCCACCCCAUGAACGCCAUCAGCGGCCUGGACAGGACUCGCAUGGUGGGGCCCUUCAUGGGCAUCAGCCCCAUCCCGGGGGCCGAGCGCUUCCCCUACCCGGCCUUCCACUGGGACCCCAUGCGGGACCCCUACCGGGGGCUGGACAUCCACCGCAGGGACCCUCUGGCACGGGACCUGCUGCUGCGGAACGAGGCGCUGCACCGGUUCGCGGGGCCGCGGCUGUACGAGGCCGAAGGCCAGACUGACCGGGAGCCGCACGACUUCAACCGAGACGACUGGGCGCGGCCACCGCGGGCGGCGUUGGAGCACCGGCGAGACCACGACCGGCAGAUGGACGAACGCGAGCGCCUGCACGCGCUCCGCGAGGACUACGAGCACGCGGCCGCCGUGGCGGCGGCCACCGCCGCUCGCCUCCACCCGCCGCCCGUCCACCACCUGGACUCGCACCCGCACCUGGCCCACCACGGCCUCAUCGGCCCCGGCCUGGCCACCAUGCACUACCCGCGCCUCAGUCCGGCCGCCGCGGCGGCAGCAGCAGCAGCGGCGGCGGCUGCCCAUCAGAACGGACUCCUCAACAAGAACCCCCCCACGGCCUCUCUGAGCGCCCCGCCGCCCCUCAUCCCCUCGCUGGGCACCCGGCCCGGCUCUCCCCGACGGACUACCCCCCUGGGCACUGACCUCAGAGACAGACCGCCCUCACACACACACAAGGACAUCGAGGCGCGAUGAAACUGACCAUCCUUCACACACUCACAGACAUACACACACACACACACUCAGACACACACGUGCCCAAGAUCUGUGCCUGACAGACUAUAAUACGGAACUCAAAAGCACUUAACCCUGGGCAGUCGAGACUGUAUCAUACCUGUGUAUACUAAAUCCCAGGACGAAGGCUCACGGAAAUGACCUCUGGUCCUGUUUGUUUGUUUGUUUGUUUUUUUCUGUUUUGUAAAAAUAAAAAAAAAAAAUACAAAUAGCGGACAAUUAACUGAACAAAUGAAAUUUUGCAUACAUUUUAUCCUAUUUGCUCCUGCUUUUUGUGUGGACUGACUCUGGCGUUUGUACAGAAAACUUGCUCUGAAGUGAUGAGAAACGUGCGGGCCAAAGGAUCCCCCCCCCCCCAUCCCAAGAGCACUGUUUUUGGAAUGUACAGCUACUUCACUACAUUACUGAGAAGGUCAAGGCUGUGUAGAUAAUAUGUAUAGUCAGUGUGCUAACUCCUUAUGGCUAAAAUCAAGGUGCAAAAAUAUGCAAAAAGGGUGUUACGAAAGCUUUACUUUGAACAAAUGUACAUAAAGGAUAUGAAAAUUGAAGUUCAGAAUGUGCAGUUCUUUCCACAUUGGUUUUUCUUGCUCAGUAACGGCUAGCAGUGGCUCCUUGGCGAGGUUCACAGUACAUCUGUCCCGAGACCUGACCCCCAGUCCAGCGCCCUUCAACUAUGCAACAUGUGGGAUUUCUCUUGCUCUCACUGUCCACCUCUGAAUCUCACAACCCUCUCUCACCUCUCUCUCUCUCUCUCUCUCUCUCUCUCUCUCAAUCCCUCUAACUUGUUACUUCCUUCCCUAUCUCCCUCUCUUCUUCCUCUCUGUCCCUCUUUCUUCUCCUCCUCUCUCUCUCGCAUGCACUCUCUCCACAACCAGACCAUUCCGUGUAGAUUGGAAAGCGAAACUAACAUACCCAGUAUGCACAGAAGAGAAAACAAAUCAUGUUUUUCCAACUUGUUUUGUGGUGACAAUCCUUUAUGAUUAUGUUUCGUAGAAGUAUAUUUAGAUCUCUAUUUUUUUGAUGUAUCUCCCAACCAUCGAGGUCACUGAGCACAGAGUAGAAUGUUUCCUUUGAGCAACGUCUUCUGUUGUGGAGAGAAUGCAUACUAAACAUCACAAACACCUUCCUUUGGCUCAAGGAGUGGAAUGUAGGUGUCUGGCAAAUUGGAAAUUAGUUCCAGUUGGUUUAACAGUGUAUUAAAAAGUGCUAUCCUAAGCUGUUGUAUCUACAAAACUAAAAAGACAAAAAAGCUAGAAGUCUAAACUGUGGGCAAGUUGGUUUUUAAAUGGGCAAAGAUCUAUUUUAGUAGUCCACCGAAGGCUUAGUUGUGCGCUUCAAACUCCGUGAGAUUCAGAUGUUGUGCAGUGUUUUUUUAAUCAAACAUUAAAAAUGUUGACAGGAGCAGUAGUGACUAGUCAAUGCGUAUUGCAAAGAGAUUGUUAACAGAAACUUUUUUGCUGUUUAUCAUGUACGUAAAAAAAUGAAGUUCUUUCUAGAUCAUGUACAAAAGGAAAAAAGUGAAGCGACUGAAUCUUCAGCAUGCUCCUCAUUUAAACUUGUGUUAUGUAAAUUGUGCCAUGUUAUUAAAAAAUGUGAGCUAAA